AUGGACAUCUAUGAAGAAAUGGCAAUUGAUUCUAUGGAUGCUGACGAAGUAGUGGAAAAACCCAUGAAGCAUAAGGAAGAUUUGGAUGAGUAUGACAAGUACCUAGAAUCUGCAAAGAAGCGUCAAAAAUUAAGCAGCGAUGAUACCUGUGUGGAUAUCAUAAAAACCAAGAAAAGAGUGACUUGCUCCUUUGACGCAGGAACCUUUAACAACAAUAUCGUCCGUUUCAUUUUGGACAACAUGGUAGCUUUUCGUGUGGUAGAAAGUCCAUCGUUCCGAGCUAUUUUCGAUGAUCUGAACAUCAAGAUCGGAGACGGUACUAUUAAGCAUUUGUCAAGAGCCAAAGUGGUAACAGUAGCAAAUGACUUAAUUUUAUCCCAGAAAAACGAGAUAAAGAACGAAAUCAAAACUGUCGAACACGUGUGCUUGACAGCUGAUGUUUGGAGUUCUCCAACAAGGAGUUUUAUGGGAGUGACUGCUCACUGGAUUAAUCGACAAUCCUUUGAAAGAAGAUCGGCAGCAUUAGCCUGCAGACGCUUCCGGGGUACUCACUCCUACGAUAGAAUUUCUGAAAUUCUUUUUGAUAUCAGCAACGAAUAUGAUCUGAACAACAGCAAAGUCGUCGGAACAGUUACGGACAACUGUUCUAAUUUUGUAAAAGCGUUUCGAGUAUUUGGCAAUAGUGACGACAUUUCGGUUGACAACGACGAUGAAAUGGAGACAAUCGAUCUCAAAAACGCUUUGAAAGAUGGUAUAAAUGUUAUGACAGAUGAUUAUAAUUCGAGUGAUGAUAGGGCAGAGUCGGCUGAUCGUCUUGAUGAAGACUUUAACAUCGAGGCGUCUACGUUUCCUGAUGAUGUAAUAACGUUAUCUCGUCAUUUUCGGUGCGCUAGUCACACGCUAAAUUUGAUUGCAACAACAGAUACUGCCAACUUCAUGAAAAAGAAUAAACAAUUUGAAACUGUUCAUUCAGAUAUUGUAGAAAAAUGCGAAAAGGUAUGGAAAAGCCUUAAAUCGGUAAAAAAACGUGAAGCAUUAGUGAAACAUAUCGGCGAGAGCAUCAAAAGACCAAAUGCGACUCGUUGGAAUUCUUUUUUCGAUGCAUUUAAACAAAUUUAUGAGCGUAAAGAUUUAUUCGUGUCUGAUGAAGUUAACAAAAUAACUGAAUCGACGAUUGAUUUCGAAAAAUCGGACUUCACUCACAUUCAGCAUUAUCUAACCAUAAUGGCACCUCUUGCUGGUGCAAUUGACAAAUUGCAAGGGGACAAAAAUUGUCAUUAUGGUCAGCUUCUUCCUGCGCUCAUAACGAUUGAGCAAAGGUGGUUGGAGACACGUGACUCAUUCGACGCUCAAAGAAAAACUUUGUACAAAGGAUUGGUUGACAGUUUAAUUAGAAGUUUGAAAAAACGAUUUGAAAAUAUAUUUGCUGUGGAAAACAUUGGUGAGUUCGCAGCAAUUGCCGCUUUGACUCACCCAGUCUACAAAAAAGAUUGGGUGAAAUGUUUGUCGACGCAAGCUCAGAACAAUGUCGAGCGACUAAUCCAGACCAAAGAUCAGUUUUCGCAAGAGCCAACCUCCCCUAGAGCCCUGCCAGAUCCUUUUGUUUUCUAUGGAAAAGCUGGACAGCCAACGAAUCUAGAUAAGAUUAUUACAAUGAAAACUGGAUGUACUGAGCUUUUGAGAUUCUUGGCGGAACCUCCAACGACUAAUUUAUUAGAUCUAAACAGAUUUCCAAAGAUAAGAAAGAUUUUUCUCAAGUUCAACACAAUUUUACCUUCGUCAGCACCCGUAGAGCGUCUAUUUUCCUAUGCGACCAUGAUGAAUUUACCAAAGUACAAUCGAUUAUCAGAUAGUCAAUUCGAGAAUCGAGUACUGUACAAAGUAAAUUUGAAAAAAUUAUACCAAUAG